AUGUCAACAUUUAACGGAGUCGUAUCUGAAUUUCCCGAGAUACGAAUUGACUUCUUCCGGCGCAAUGCCGGCGCACAACCACCACUUGCUUGCUUCCUAAGUCAUGUUCACAGCGACCACUUGGCUGGGAUCGAGAGCCUGCGAUCUCCAUUCGUCUACUGCUCAGCAGCCACCAAGGAGAUCCUUCUUCGUCUUGAACGAUAUCCUUGUCGCAUCAACUAUGCUAAGGGGGUGCUAGAAUCAAGACAGCAAACCUUCAAGCAUCUCCGCAAAGUCUUGAAACCCUUGCCUUUGGAAACUCCUACAUCGAUCGAGCUCUGCCCAGGCCGCGAGAUCCAGACAAAAGCCCAAGGCAUGGCUGAAUUGUUGCGAAAGGUUUCCCAAUACCCUGGUGAUACCGUUUUCCACCUACAAGCCUGGACUUACGGAUAUGAAGACGUCUGGCUCGCCUUGUCUAAGGCUUUAAAAUCUAAAAUUCAUGUCGACGAUUAUAAACUCCGGAUCUAUGGUUCGCUCAAAUCAAGCACCCCUGACUCGAGAUUUGACACAGACAUUCAUCUUACUCCAGAGUCGCCGGCUCUGACUGGCCACAUUUGUGAAAAGGGAAACUUAUGCAAAGUGGCUCAAAGACCUACCACUAUAUCUAUUCAACCUAUCGUUGCGCACCUGCCUACAGGAGAAGAUUUGGCCGAAGUUGGCAUUGGCGGCGGCGGAGUUGAUCUUCAACGAGAAGCCGAGUUGGAGUUUCUGGACCAAGCUAGCUUGGCCACCUUGUUCGAUACGUAUGUGCAUUGUAUCACUUUUGCGGGAGGCAUGCUAAUUGCGAACCUAAGGUUCCUCUCCUCGUCUAUCUCUUCAUCCGAUAUGCCAGAUAUACUCGAAGAGGCCUUAAAGAAGAUAGUAUCUACCGGACGCAACAUUCCACUGGACUGGAACAUCAACACUUUGAACGCCCACUCUGCUGAAGAAGUUAUCAUGAUGCUGGUGGAGAAACUGAGAAAGAAUACCAAAAACCAGAAGCAGCGUGACGAGGGCAGUCUCCCAAGAACUAUUUACUUCCCAUAUUCAAGGCAUUCUUCGUUACCAGAACUCCGCCACUUCGUCAAAGCUUUCCGGCCACGAGACGUGUGGCCAUGCACUGUCAAUAACGCUGAGUGGCUAAAGAAUGGGAUCACCAUUGGGAGCAUGUUUGGACCAUCAUGUUCCGGUGAAGUAUUUGAACAUGAUUUGCUGAUGCAGGAUUUUGCUGCCACACAUACAUCGGAUGAUGGACAUCAGCAACAUGACAGCCAGACAACGAUCGGAUCCGACCCCGUCCCAAGCUCACCAGUCCGUGAGUCUCAGGAUGCAAGUCAGAAACGGCCUAACAAUAUGAACACUGGAUUCGUGAGCCCUUUGUUGGAUACGCAAGCGAGUAUUCGCCAUGGGCGCAUUGUCUCGGAAGCGGAAUGCCCAGAGAAGAACCUGGAAGCUCCAUCCGAAAAUUCUACUCAACAGUCGCUUGUAAUCCCUACCAUUGAGCAAGCAGAGGACGUGCAGCAAGAGAACCACAUUCAUCCGGAAUUACUGAUAGAUAACUCAUCCAACUCGCCAGCACCUAUUUCUUGCCUCCGCAAACGCACUGUUUCUGAUACUUCAGUGAGUGAAAAUGGCAGUAACAGGCAAAAAAUGCGCCAAAUUACUGAAGAAUCGUUGCCCCUGACAUUAUCAGACGAGACCUCAAUUGGUCGCCAAGAUGCAUAUUGGCAUAUGGUUGAUUACAUGGACGAGGGUACUUGGGGUUCGUUCCAGCUUAUAUCUACGAGCAACGAGUAUACAGUCAAUGAACCGGAACUGUGA